AUGAAAAUUAUCUUUCAAAAAGUUAAAUAUGCUAUUUGUAAAAAUGAACAGAAGAUUUAUAGUGUUAUUGGGUGCGGAAUAGUAAUUUAUCUAGGAAUAUCUAAACAUGAUACAGAAGAAACAGUGGAUAAUUUGGUUAAUAAGUUGUUAAAAAUUAAAAUUAAUGAUCGAUGGACUAAAACUAUAAGCGAAGCGAAUGGUGAUAUUUUAUUGAUAUUUCAAGAAACAUUGUCUGACACGUCUUUAACUGCAUUUUAUGAAAAAAACAAUUUCUUAGAAAUAAGCCGGCUUAAUGAAAUUUUUGAUUUGUUUUUUACAAAACUUAAAAAUAAUUAUAAACUUGGAAUUAUUAAAAAAUUGCCGAUAAAUGGGAAAUAUAAUAUUAAUGUUUGUAAUCAGGGUCCAUUUACAAUAAUAUUUGAAAAAUAA